UCUUAAAGGACAAAGAAAGGGCACCCAUUUCCGGUGGGUCCGGGGCCGCCUUCGUUAGAGGCCUAGUCCCUUCCCAGCCAUUGUGAGUGGAAGGGAUUUAUGUUGUGCCCACGCGCCCUUCCAGCCAGCACCUACUCCUGCGGUGGGCCCAGCAGGCUGGUGCAGCCCCUUUAAGAACCUCGCCGGUCAGACGUCGGAGGUCGCAGCAUUCCCUCGGUGCCGCGGGUCGCCUUCCGUUUGCGUGGAUGUCGCGCUCCCGAGCCAUGCAGGCUGUGCGGGCUGGCCUGACCCUGGCGCUGGGCGCGGGGCUGGGCGCAGCUGCCGAGGGCUGGCGGCGACGGCGGGCAGAUGCGCAGCCGGCCCCGGGGCUGCUGGGCCGGCUACCCGUUCUGCCUGUGGCGGCGGCUGCCGAGGUGCCCGCCGUGCCUGCCGUACCUGGGGCCUUGGCGAGCGGUGGCCCGGGCGAACUGGCUAAGUACGGUCUGCCCGGGCUGGCGCAGCUCAAGAGCCGCGAGUCGUACGUGCUGUGCUACGACCCGCGCACUCGCGGCGCGCUCUGGGUGGUGGAACAGCUGCGGCCCGAGCGGCUUCGCGGCGAUGGGGACCGCCGCUCCUGCGACUUCCGCGAGGAUGAGUCGGUGCACGUGUACCACCGCGCCACCAACGCCGACUACCGCGGCAGCGGCUUCGACCGCGGCCACUUGGCCGCCGCCGCCAACCACCGCUGGAGCCAGAAAGCCAUGGACGACACCUUCUACCUGAGCAACGUUGCGCCCCAGGUGCCGCACCUUAACCAGAAUGCCUGGAACAACCUGGAGAAGUACAGCCGGAGCUUGACCCGCACCUACCAAAACGUCUAUGUCUGCACAGGGCCGCUCUUCCUGCCCAGGACAGAGGCUGACGGGAAGUCCUACGUGAAGUACCAGGUGAUUGGCAAGAACCACGUGGCAGUGCCCACCCACUUCUUCAAAGUGUUGAUCCUGGAGGCAGCAGGCGGGCAAAUCGAACUCCGCUCCUACGUGAUGCCCAAUGCGCCCGUGGACGAGGCCGUCCCGCUGGAGCGCUUCCUGGUGCCCAUCGAGAGCGUCGAGCGGGCCUCGGGGCUGCUCUUUGUGCCGAAUAUCCUGGCGCGGGCCGGCAGCCUGAAGGCUGUCACCGCGGGCAGCAGGUGAGGGCAGCAGCCCAGCCAGACUGUGAGGGUGUGGGGCCGGGUCACAUUAAAGGUGGUUAUUUUUGGAGAAA